CACCAGACUUUGGAACAAGAAGGACACAACAACCAGGCUGCUGAAGAUGGCUCAGCGGUUAAGAGCACUGACUGCCCUUCCAGAGGUCCUGAGUUCAAAUCCCAGCAACAUGGUGGUUCACAACCAUCUGUAAUGGGUUCCGAUGCCCUCUUCUGGUGUGUGUGAAGACAGCUACAGUGUACUCGUAUACAUAAAAUAAAUAAUUCUUUUAAAAAAUUAAUAAGCCUCAGAAUAUAUGAUUAACUUGACCUUGCUGUGAGCCAAACUACCUUUCUGUGUCUAUGGUCAAGCUGCUUUUGUGUCAGCAAUAUGGGAUGGCUGGCAGGCAUGAAACAACGCUAGCAGCUUUAUCAAUGACAAUGUGCCCUGUAACCUGGGAUUCACCUUUGAGGAUUUGUAGAUGGAAAUGAUGGAUUGGACUGCGUCCUCUCCCACCAUCCUGUUGGUAUGGUUUAAAUUUCAGGUUACUUUAACGUUGGUGGAACAGGUCAGAAGCAAGCAGGGGUAGAAAGAAGCAAAGCACCAAGCUGCUGUCUGAAGCAGCUUGAGGAAUUCCUUUACCUUUCAAGGACCUCCACUCAGAUAAGACUGGUCCUUUGCUUUAUCCCGUAAAGAAUCUGGGCCCUGAGCCAAUAACCCUGAGGGGGUUGGGGAUUUAGCUCAGUGGUAGAGUGCUUGCCUAGCAAGUGCAAGGCCCUGGGUUCAGUCCCCAGCUCUGGAAAAACAAAAAAAAAACAAAAAAACAAAAAACAAAAAACAGGGCCUUGGCCAUGCUAAGAAUCUGGGCCUGAGCCAAUAAUGAACCAGAGCUGGCUAUUGUGUUUGUUUCCUUUUGUGUUUUAAGAUACCAUUUUGGCACUUAAGAGCACAGCAGGUACCUCUUACAGAGGACCCAAGUCAGUUCUCAGCACCCUCAUCCAGUGGCUCACAAGUGUCUGUAACUCCAGCUCCAGAGAAUCUGGCCUCUGAGAGCUGGGAGCACCUGCAUCCAGGUGCAGUGCACUAGCUCACACAGAUAGUCCUACACCAAGCCCUCUCACCCACUGAUAUAGUGCCACCCACAGGAUUUUUAACAGCUUUCACCAUCACACUUACUAGCUCUAAGUUUUGCCAUCCACAAACAUCUUGCAACAUGUUUACACUUUUUUAUUUUGUCCUUGCUGUUCCUUUUUCAUUUAGUAAAAUAUAGUCAUUUUACUUCCGGACAAAACCUUUUUCCUUCCAGUUUUUAAACUUUUAUUUGGUUUGUUUUAGGUUUUGUUUUGUUUUUUUCGGGGCAGGGGGUUGGGGGAGGCUUCAUGUAGUCCAGGUAAGAAUGACAUUGAAUUUCUGAUCGUCCUGCCUCUACUUCCCAAGUGUUUACAGGAGUGAGACACCAUGCCUGGGCAGAAUUUUAUCAUGUAAAAAGUCUUCUUUAUUAAAAAAAUAUAUAUAUGCCUAUAGCCUUUCCAUAUAUAUAUAGUCUUUACUGUCAGAAGACAGAGCAAUAUAAAUAAAUUUACCAGCUUAAUAAAGAAAGGAGGGCUGGAGAGAUGGCUCAGUGGUUAAGAGCUCUGACUGCUCUUCCAGAGGUCCUGAGUUCAAUUCCCAGCAACCACAUGGUGGCUCACAACCAUCUGUAAUGGGAUCUGAUGCCCUCUUCUGGUGUGUCUGAAGAUAGCUACAGUGUACUCAUAUACAUUAAAUAAAUAUUUAAAAAAAAAAAGAAAAGAAAGAAAGGAGGUGUUGGAGAGAUGGCUCAGCGGUUAAGAGCUCCGACUGCUCUUCCGGAGGUCCUGAGUUCAAUUCCCAGCAACCACAUGGUGGCUCACAACCAUCUGUAAUGAGAUCUGUUGCCCUCUUCAGGUGUGUCUGAAGACAGCUACACUGUGCUUAUAUACAUACAUAAAUCUUUAAAAAUAAAAAAGGAAUCUAAGUUUCAUUUCCAAAAUCUGUUUAAACAUUGUCUCUUGUUUCUUGUGUUACAGGUCUUAGGCAGGCUGUGUUGUAUUAAGCUGUUUUGUGAGGGGGCGCAGUUGGUUGCUCAGGCCUAUAGUCCUAGUCUCGAGUCUCUGUGAGUUGGAGGCCAUCCUGGUCUACAGAGCUAGUUCUAGGACAACCAAAGCUACACAAAGAACUCUGCUUUUUGUUUUUGUUUUUAUUUUGUAUAUGAGAACACUGUAGCUAUCUUCAGACACACCAGAAGAGGGCAUCGGACCCCAUUACAGAUGGCUGUCAGCCACCAUGUGGUUGCUGGGAUUUGAACUCAGGACCUCUGGAAGAGCAGUCAGUGCUUUGUUUUUGUUUUUGUUUUCGUUUUUUUAAAAAGGGGCUUUCAGGGGUACUUUCCCCUAGAUUUCACGUGAGUCUGAGACUGUUACAUUCCUUGGAGGAAAUGCCUCCAUGAGAUCCAGCUGUAAGGCAUUUCUCAAUCAAUGAAAUAACAUUUUCUCAAAUGAUAUUUCAAAUUCGAGGCGUUUUUCUUUUUUGAGACUUUUUUGUUUUGUUUCUUUGACAGUGUUUCACUGUACAUCCUUAACUGGCCUAAAACUCGCUAUGUAAACCAGACUAAUCUAGAACUCAAAGAACCUCCUGUUACUGCUCCGGCCUCCAAGCGCUGGGAUUACAGGAUUAGACCUCUCCAGUUCACGUUUGUGACUAACUGCCCCAACCCACAGCGGGGAGCGGCGGCACCGCCCACAGUAGGGGCGUGGUCGUUCCGACCCGCGCAAAUCUAGUCUUUGGCGGUGGCGCUCAUGGAUGACGCAACAGCGCGCCAAGUCGUGGAGUCAGGCACGGCGUGAACGGCUUCACGAACCUAAUUCAUCUCUAGAAGGACAUCUGCAAAAAUGGCCCCUGUCCUUCACUUUUAUGUCCGCCCCUCUGGCCAUGAGGGGGCAGCAUCUGGGCAUGUUCUUAGGAGACUACAAGAGAAAUUGCCAACCCUUCAGAAUGUGGAGACUGAGCUAUGCUACAAUGUGCACUGGGCAGCCGAGACCCUUCCAUGGGCAGAGGAGAUGAAGAAGUUGCUAUGGCUGUUUGGCUGCCCUUUGUUGCAGGAUGAUGUUGCUCGGGAGUCCUGGCUGGUCCCUGGCUCCAAUGAUUUGUUGCUGGAGGUGGGACCCAGGCUGAAUUUCUCUACUCCAGCAUCGACCAACAUUGUUUCUGUGUGCCAGGCUGCUGGGCUGAGAGCUGUGGAUCGGGUAGAGACCACCCGGCGCUACCGGCUUUCGUUUGCCAAGCAGCCUACAGCUGAAAUGGAAGCCAUUUCUCUGGCUGCCUUGCAUGACCGGAUGACAGAGCAGCACUACCCUGACCCCAUUCAGAGCUUCUCUCCUCAGAGCAUCCCAGCCCCACUCAAGGACUCCAUCAACAUCCUAGCCGAGGGUCGGCCUGCCCUGGAGAAGGCCAACCAGGAGCUAGGUUUGGCUCUUGACUCCUGGGACCUCGAUUUCUACACCAAGCGCUUUCAAGAGCUGCAGCGAAACCCCAGUACAGUGGAGGUCUUUGACUUGGCUCAGUCCAAUAGUGAGCACAGCCGACAUUGGUUCUUCAAGGGCCAGCUCCAUGUGGACGGGAAGAAGCUAGCACGUUCCCUCUUUGAAUCCAUCAUGAGCACUCAGUCAUCCUCCAACCCUAACAAUGUCCUCAAGUUCUGUGACAACAGCAGUGCAAUCCAAGGGAAGGAAGUCCGAUUCCUGCGGCCUGAGGACUCUACACGACCAAGCUGCUUCCGGCAACAGCGGGGGCUUAGACAUGUUGUCUUCACAGCAGAGACACAUAACUUCCCCACCGGAGUGGCGCCCUUCAGCGGUGCAACCACAGGCACAGGUGGCCGCAUCAGAGAUGUCCAGUGUACAGGCCGUGGAGCCCACGUGGUGGCUGGCACUGCUGGCUAUUGCUUUGGGAACCUGCAUAUCCCAGGUUAUAAUCUGCCCUGGGAGGAUCCAAGCUUCCAGUAUCCUGGGAACUUCGCCAGGCCUUUGGAAGUUGCUAUUGAGGCCAGUAAUGGAGCAUCUGACUAUGGCAACAAGUUUGGAGAACCAGUGCUGGCUGGAUUUGCCCGCUCUUUGGGUCUCCAGCUUCCAGAUGGUCAGAGACGUGAGUGGAUCAAGCCCAUCAUGUUCAGUGGGGGCAUUGGGUCCAUGGAAGCCAAGCAUGUAGGCAAAGAACCCCCAGAGCCAGGCAUGGAGGUUGUGAAGGUCGGGGGUCCCGUCUACAGGAUUGGAGUUGGGGGUGGAGCUGCUUCGUCCGUGCAGGUUCAGGGAGACAACACCAGUGACCUGGACUUCGGAGCUGUGCAGCGGGGAGAUCCGGAAAUGGAGCAGAAGAUGAAUCGUGUGAUCCGGGCUUGUGUGGAGGCCCCAGGAGGAAACCCCAUAUGCAGCCUCCAUGACCAGGGUGCUGGUGGCAAUGGCAAUGUCCUAAAGGAGCUGAGUGAGCCAGCGGGAGCUGUCAUUUACACCAGCCGCUUUCAGCUGGGUGAUCCAACCUUGAAUGCACUGGAAAUCUGGGGGGCUGAGUACCAGGAGUCAAAUGCACUUCUUCUGAGGCCCUCUGACCGGGACUUUCUGAGUCGCGCCAGUGCCCGGGAACGCUGCCCAGCUUGUUUUGUGGGCACAAUCACUGGAGACAAGAGAAUCGUGCUAGUGGACGACCGCGAAUGCUUGAUGGGAAAAAGUGGCCAGGGAGAUGCUCCCCCGACACCUCCAACUCCUGUGGACCUGGACCUUGACUGGGUUCUGGGAAAGAUGCCUCAGAAGGAGUUCUUCCUCCAGAGAAAACCCCCUGUGCUGCAGCCUUUGGCCUUGCCCCCCGACCUGAGUGUGGGCCAGGCUCUAGAACGGGUUCUAAGGCUGCCUGCUGUGGCCAGCAAGCGCUACCUCACUAACAAGGUGGAUCGCUCUGUGGGUGGCCUUGUUGCCCAACAGCAGUGUGUCGGGCCCCUGCAGACUCCUCUGGCUGAUGUGGCUGUUGUAGCACUGAGUCACCAGGAGCUUGUAGGGGCCGCCACAGCCCUGGGAGAGCAGCCAGUCAAGAGCCUGCUGGACCCCAAGGCUGCUGCCAGGCUAGCCGUGUCUGAGGCCCUCACCAACCUGGUAUUCGCUCUGGUCACUGAUCUCCGAGAUGUGAAGUGCAGUGGGAACUGGAUGUGGGCAGCCAAGCUCCCGGGUGAGGGUGCAGGGCUAGCCGAUGCCUGUGAGGCUAUGGUGACAGUGAUGGCAGCACUGGGUGUGGCAGUAGAUGGUGGCAAGGACUCCCUCAGCAUGGCUGCCCGGGUCGGCACUGAGACCGUGCCAGCUCCUGGGUCACUGGUCAUUUCAGCAUAUGCUGUCUGUCCAGACAUCACAGCCACUGUGACCCCAGACCUCAAGCAUCCUGGAGGAAAAGGUCAUUUGCUCUAUGUGCCUUUGAGCCCUGGGCAGCACCGGCUGGGAGGAACGGCUCUGGCCCAAUGUUUCUCUCAGCUCGGGGAACACCCUCCUGAUCUAGACCUUCCCGAGAACCUCGUGCGUGCCUUUCAUAUCACCCAGGGGCUGCUGAAAGAUCGCCGUCUUUGCUCAGGCCAUGAUGUCAGCGAUGGAGGGCUUGUAACCUGCCUUCUAGAGAUGGCCUUUGCUGGGAAUUGUGGGAUAGAGGUAGAUGUACCUGCCCCUGGGAUCCAUGCAUUGCCUGUGCUGUUCGCAGAAGAGCCAGGUCUGGUGUUGGAAGUACAGGAGGCAGAUGUAGCCGGAGUACUGCAGAGGUACCAGAGUGCUGGCCUACACUGUCUGGAACUAGGCCACACUGGCGAGGCUGGACCCCAGGCCAUGGUCCGAGUGUCAGUGAAUGGGACUGUGGUUGUAGAGGAGCCUGUUGGGCAGUUGAGAGCCCUCUGGGAGGAAACAAGUUUCCAGCUGGACCUACUGCAGGCAGAGCCACGCUGUGUGACAGAGGAGAAACAGGGCCUGAAGGAACGGAUAGGACCUAGCUACUGCCUGCCGCCUACCUUUCCUGUGGCCUCUGUGCCCUGUAAACCUGGUGGUCCCAUCCCUCGAGUUGCCAUCUUGCGUGAAGAGGGCAGCAAUGGAGACCGAGAGAUGGCUGAUGCUUUUCACUUGGCUGGCUUUGAGGUGUGGGAUGUGACCAUGCAGGACCUCUGCUCUGGGGCCGUCAGGCUGGACACGUUCCGUGGUGUGGCCUUUGUGGGUGGCUUCAGCUACGCAGAUGUCCUGGGCUCUGCCAAAGGUUGGGCAGCUGCAGUGACCUUCAAUCCACAGGCCAGGGAAGAGCUGGGCCGCUUCCGCAGGCGGCCAGACACCUUCAGCCUGGGCGUGUGUAAUGGCUGUCAGCUGCUGGCUCUUCUGGGCUGGGUGGGAAGUGAUCCCAAUGAAGACCAAGUUGAGCCGGACCACGACUCCCAGCCAGCACAGCCAGGCCUCCUGCUCCGUCACAAUCUCUCUGGGCGGUUUGAGUCCCGAUGGGCCACUGUACGUGUGGAGCCGGGGCCAGCCCUGAUGCUUCGAGGGAUGGAAGGCUCUGUGCUGCCUGUGUGGAGUGCUCAUGGGGAAGGUUACAUGGCAUUUUCUUCUCCUGAACUUCAAGCCAAGAUCAAGGCCAAGGGCUUGGUUCCUCUGCACUGGGCAGAUGAUGAUGGGAACCCCACAGAACAGUACCCUUUGAACCCCAAUGGAUCUCCAGGGGGCAUAGCUGGCAUCUGCUCCCCAGAUGGUCGCCAUCUGGCACUCAUGCCACACCCUGAGCGGGCUGUGAGGCUUUGGCAGUGGGCAUGGCGACCCUCUCCCUUUGAUGGUCUUUCCACCUCCCCGUGGCUGCAGCUCUUCAUCAAUGCUCGGAACUGGACCCAGGAGGACAGCUGCUGAGGAGGCUGCGUGACCACCUUGGCCCACAGCGCGCCCUCUGAGUCUUGCCUUUCCCAUUGCCUUCAGUAGUAUCUCCAUGUGAUUUCCCAAAGCGUCUAAGACAGCAAGAACCACAAUGCUGGGAAGAUGUCAGCUGCAUUGUUGUUUUAGCCUUGCCCCUGCAAGAGCUGCUUUCAGUUCUUGAGUUUAACAUGGAUCUCCAGCAAGCAAGCUCCGAGGACAGCUGACAGUUUUGGGGUGUUGGGCAAACAUUUACUGGCAAUGCUUCCCUGUGACCAUCACCUUGUCAUCCCUCAUCUUCCUGCUUAGAGCUCGGAGUGAGGUUUUAUGUCCUCUUUCUUUUUCUUUGGCUUUGUGAAACCAGCUUUCAGUCUAUAGCCCAAGCUGGCCCUAAACUCAAUUUUUUAGCGUCAGCCUCUCUGGUGAGUGCCAGGAUGCUUGGUGUUGGCUUAGGGUCUAGGAAUGAUGUGCAUCAGCCCCUCCCUCCAAAACUCUGCUCUCAUCAGAAAAGAGCAGCUUGCUGGAUCCCUUUUCAGACAUGCUCUGCCAGUUGUUAGGAAUUGUUGCUUCUGGCCAUGCUUAAGGGCUGACCUGUGCCUACUUCAGGUCACAUUCCUGAUUCUUGCUUCUCCUAAUUUAGCAGCCACUUUAAAGUAGCUAGAGCAGAGCCCUGUGCUACUGGAGUUUGUUUUUGUUUUUGUUUGUUUAUUUUGUUGUUUCAUUUUUUUUUUAAAGAUUUGUUUAUUAAAUCUUCAGACACACCAGAAGAGGGCAUCAGAUCCCAUUUUAGAUGGUUGUGAGCCACCGUGUGGUUGCUGGGAUUUGAUAAUAAAUAAACUGUGAGAUUUGAUUUAGUCUUUUCAAGACUGGCUUUUUUUGUGUGUGUAGCUCUGACUGUUCUGGAACUUACUCUGUAGACCAGGCUGGCCCUACACUCAGAUCCAUGUGCUGGGAUUAAAGGCGUGUGGCAUUACCGCCUGACCAUUCAUUUUUCUUGUUCCUGGAUCAGUGAUGGUGCCAGGCACUGGUACUGCCCUAAUGGAAUUUAUAGUCUUAACACAACUGAAAUAAUAAACGACUACUCAGCUUGUACCACCAA